AGCCGGUACAUAUAUUCCCUUCCUGUCGUGGUCCACGUGUGCUCGCUUUUUUCCCCCCUCGACUUCUUUUCGGACGUUUCAACCUUCGAGUCGCCUCGAUGCCGUAACCUCGGGGAAUUGGCGGUUCGUCGAUCGCCGCGGACGAGUUCUACGGGCUCACCCAGCCUCCUUCUUUUUCUCUUCCGCCAUAAGCGUUCCCUUCGCGAUCGCUCCAACGAUCCCUACCGAGACCAUCUUUCGUACACCUUCUCCUUCAUACGUCGCGAAAAUCCUCCUCCAACAAUCGUGGCGAGCAAUUCGCGCUGGAAAAAUCCGAAGAUCCAAACGUCCUCAAAGAUUUACAGGCACAGUGACAGUGUGAUCUCGAUCAAACAGUGAACGACGAGUCUUGGAGUGAUACUGUCCCCCAGCUCCCACGAAGACUGUGAAAGCUCUCUACGCGAAUCGACGGUGAAACGAUCGCGUUAGAUCGCCGCCUAGAUCAAAGUUCGAAGGUCCCUGGCGUCCUGCGAUGAUAGACGCGCGGAGCGAGCCAGUGCAUCCUCUGAGCAUGGGGUAGAAAUGCACCUAGGAAGGUCAAUCUGGACCCGGGGCGUCGUGGCCCUCGGAGUAGGGGCCCUGUUUCUGCUUGGAUGGAGGGCAGACUCCGACGGCGACGAGUCCUCUGCCUCCGGGUCCCCAACGAUCGACUCGAUCGCGCGGGACUCGGACUAUUUCGCCGCGAUCGACGCGUCCGUGUCUGCUUGGAACCGGGACGAGGAGGAGGAUCGUCAGUCGAGGACCGAUCUAGGGACAUACUCGACGACUCCGUCGGACGAAACGAUCGACGGCGGUUCCUCGGAGGGCGAAAAUCGGUUUUCGAACGACGACGAGACCCGUGGCGCGUUGAAUGGUUCGGAGAUCGGUGAAAGGAGCGACUCGGAUGAGAAUUUCUCGCGGGAGGUGAAUGGAGAACCGAUGAAUGAAGUCGAGAACAAUUUGAGGAUCGACGAGGAGCCGAGGUUCCUUACGGAGACUCCAGACCCGCUCGAACAGUAUUUCUAUUCCACGGAGGACUACGGGAACAAAGAUCGUACCGUGGACGCGAAGGAUUAUUUAUUACGCGCGUUCGCCAAUGUUCGUAACGACAAUAGAGAAAAUCUCGAGGAGGAAGACGAUUCCGUUUCGAAAUCCGUGGAAGUGGAUGGAAUACCGGAGAAUCGAGAUGUUUUUUUUCGCGUGGAUCAUGGGCCAGACCAGCCUUCCGCGAAGAUAUCGGGAACGUUCGGAAGCCGUAAAGAACGGGACCUCGGGAAGGUCCUUGAAAGAGGAAGACGCGAGGGAUCUCUCGAUCGAUCGCCCGGGGCCGGUGAUCUUUCGGCGCGUCUUCGCUCGAUCGCCCUGGAACGCAAUAAAAGUGACGGCGGCCACGACGAAUUCGGAAUAACGGAUCGAAACGGGGCAGAAUCUUUCUCGAGAAAAUCGGAUAAAUCUGCAAACGAACAGUUUGGUGUGAACGUGAGAAGGGAGAUCUCUCGUGUGGCGGAGGAUCCGGCUCGCAGAAAGAGAUACACGAAUUACUAUUCGCCACAGUCCGCCACCCCGAUGGCGUACGUUCACAUACAGUCGGCGUAUCCGGUCCCAGCGGCUCCACCCGCGAACCGGAAGUGCGUACGGUGCAUGGUCGUCUACAAGCCGUGUCCUUCGGCGCCCAGACCGCCGCCCAGGAUCGUCCUUCCGACUUACAAGUACCAGGAGCCUGCCUCAAACUGGCGCGGACUCAAAUACGGGGGUCGUGAAAUUCGCUGAACGUAUAAAACAUCGCUAGAGCAUCCCCCAUCGUUGAUUGCAAUUUAUGGCCGCGCGGUUUGCUCCUAGAAAAAGCA